AUGAGUCCCCGAGACAUAGAGCGCCCGGGGUCUCCUGCUCCGAAGAAAGUCCGGAUUGCCUGUCGUCGGUGUCGAGCUAAACGCGUCAAGUGUGAUGGCGGCAUCCCCGCAUGUAGCAAUUGCGCGCGAGCGAGGGUCCCUUGUAUCGAUGUUGAUGGUCGGAACCGUGAUAUUUCGAUUCCUCGCGAUUUCAUCGCGCAAUGUCGUGCCAGACUCACAUGGCUCGAACAACAGAUCAAAAUUCUGGACCCGGACUUCGACCUGACCAAGGGGCCAUCCGUGAAUUUGGGUGAGAAUGAAUUGACAUUGCAGUCUAGCUCGGAGGUUUCCGAUUGUGGCAAUGCUGUCACUACUAUGCUGGAGACUGAGACACAGAGUCGCGACAAGCCAGCCACAAGAAAACGACCAUACAACUUAGUCGAGGACCCAGAAUCUGACCAGACCCCACGUGCAGAAGCAUCUUCUGUGGCAAAUGCAUUUGGGAUGCUGUCCUUACAUUCAGAUUCCCGACAACAGCACUACAUGGGUUCUUCCUCAGGACUGCUGUUCACGAAGCUCCUUGGAGUGGAUAGAGAUAUACAGGAACUCCCUCCCCCCGAGGAAGCUGAAAUCUUACUUGCCGUCUACUUCCAACAUAUACAUAUUGACUACCCCGUUCUCCAUGCGCCUUCGCUAGUCAAUGCGUAUUUGGCAUUGUAUGGGAGCACACAGAUGGAACCCACGGGCCAAUACGAUAGCAACGGGUGGAUGGAAGGCCUGGAACCCUUCGAGUACAAUGGCAUGGCUGAUCAUGAAAGCGGCAAACCGUGUACGCCGAUAUCAGUAUUUACAGCCGUGUUUCAUGUCUUCAUGGUCUUCUCUCUGGCAGCGACCGUACUAACGCGCAAGAAGAGCUUUGAUUACUCUCCGACAAAAUUCUACAGAAUGGCCUUAGCAGAAACAUCCAGUUGCUUCUCCUCUGUGUCAGUGACAUCUCUGCAGGGUAUAUUACUCUUGGCGAUUCAUAGCAUGAUCUGCCCGGCUGGCCUCAAUAUUUGGACACUGGCACAUAUAGCAAUGUCGCAUUGCAUUGACUUGGGCCUUCAUCGAGAACCUAGCCCGUCUACAGGCAUUUCCAGAACGUCUCUGGCUGUCAAGAGACUGAUAUUUUAUACAACAUACUCCCUUGAUCGAACAAUAGCCACCAUCCAAGGCCGUCCUUUAGGUAUUAGGGAUGAAACCUUUGAUAUGCAACGCCCCGAAGUAGAAGAUGUCACUGAAGAAUUGUCUAUGAUUGGAAAUUGCAAACUCCAUGUUUCAGCGCCAUCGUCCGCCCAUAUGACAAUGUCCAUUCGUCGUUUCAGACUGGAUCAGUACAUAACUGAGAUAAAGCUCCUUUUCUAUCAUUUACCCAAACAGCUUCGCCCGCUCGUGUGGCCGAAUGACCUUGAAAAUCAUCAGGCACAGAUCAAGCUUGACCUUGACGCAUGGUUAACCGAGACAUCUCUCAUACAACCGCCGACUGACCGAGAAGAGGACAGAAAAAGCGUUGAGCAUGAGAAACUCAGGUUGGAGAUUUUGUACCACUCAGCAGUGACGCUCCUUUUUCAACCUUCCCAAGCAUUCCGUUCGCCAUCGCCAAGUGCUUUAAAACAGUGCUAUCAAAGUUGCAGUCGAAAAUUACGCAUAUACGAUCAUCUAAGUUCAGAGGAACAGCUAUUAUACAACUGGCGAAACAUUCACGGUAUAUUUUCCUCGGGCGCGACACUGAUCUACUGCAUCUGGGCAUCACCCUCUCUCCAGGCCACCACCCCGUUCGCGGAGGUAUUGAAGGAUCUGCGCACCUGUUCCAACCUCCUCAGUAUCGGUGGUCAGUGGUGGCCUUCUGUACGUAAUGGCAAGGGAAGCUUCGACAAGAUGGUCGACCUUACUAUACGGCAGUUAAGCCGUACUCAGACCUCUACAUCAAAAAUGCGGGGUUCACUACACACACAACAUGCUGAGAUUGGCUGUCAACCUGAUCUAGACCAUUCCAAUUUGGUUCCAGGAUUUCCUAAUAAUUCGAGCAUUCAACUAACGGAAGACUCAUCCCACCACCCUGAAGGGCUAGGUGGUCUCCCCAAUGCGGGGUUUCAUGACUCUACAGGAGACCAUAUGGAUCUUGGCUUGGGAGAAUCUGGGUUGUUAUUUCCCAACCCGAAUGGCAUGGAUGUUACUGACACAUAUUCCAUUGACUCUGCGAUGGAGAGCUUCCUCGCCGAAUUUAUCCGUGGAGACUGGGGCUGGGACCCAUUCUCAGGCACAGCGGCCUUGUGA